AUGCCAGUUACUUGAUAACUACGGCAACCGUCUAUAAAACCAAGCGACAAGCCGUCUAGCAAUUAUAAAACUCUUACCUCCUUUCACCAGAAGCAAGAUUUCAAAUUCUGGUUUGGCAUAAAGUUUACAUUUCCUACAGUGCUUCCUGAUACUGGUUAACGAAGAAUGGCAACAGAAUCAUCGGAAGGAGAAGAAGAAGGGAAGAUCACAGGAGGAAACAAGCACUUGGUAAUUGAAGAUGAUCUUAGAGAAAUGGGAAAAAAAGCUGCUUGGAGUGUUAGUUCUUGCAAACCUGGAAAUGGGGUCUCUUCUCUUAGAGAUGACAAUCUUGACACUUAUUGGCAGUCAGAUGGAGCACAACCGCAUUUGGUUAAUAUUCAAUUUCAGAAGAAAGUGAAGCUGCAGUUAGUUGUUCUUUACGUGGAUUUUAAGCUGGAUGAGAGUUAUACACCUAGUAAGAUUUCGAUUCGUGCUGGUGAUGGUUUUCAUAAUUUGAAGGAGAUUAAGACUAUGGAGCUUGUGAAGCCAACUGGGUGGGUUUAUCUGUCCUUAUCUGGAAAUGACCCUAGGGAAACAUUUGUUAACACAUUUAUGUUGCAAAUUGCUGUGCUAUCGAAUCAUCUUAAUGGAAGGGAUACCCAUGUACGCCAGAUCAAAGUUUAUGGACCUCGACCGAACCCUUUUCCGCAUCAGCCUUUUCAAUUUACUUCAAGAGAGUUCAUUAUGUACUCCUCUGUGAGAUGAGAAAUAUGACCUUGCCAACAAAGGAGAAGAAUUGUGAAACUGUCUCAAGAGGAGAGGUGAAGCAUGUAGCUAAAAGUAGCCAGACCAUCGAAGAAUGAUGAAGAGCCAUAUUGUAGAGGGUUUUCUUUGAGCCUCAUAAGGAUUUUGUCAUUUUGAGAAUCACAUGGGUAUAAAAUGUUGUUACUCUGCUUAAAAA